AUGACCGAAUCCUUCUCCAAGAACUUCAUCGACUACGAAGAAUACCCCCAAUCCGCCGACAUCCAGAACCGCUGCGUCUCCAUGAUCGGCAGACUCUUCAAUGCCCCCGUCAACGAAGAAGGAGCGGCCGCAGUCGGUACCUCGACUGUCGGAUCCUCGGAGGCAAUCAUGCUGGCUGUGCUGGCCAUGAAGAAGCGCUGGCAGAAUCAGCGUAAGGAUGCUGGCAAGCCAUUCGAUAAGCCGAAUAUCGUUAUGAGCUCCGCCGUCCAGGUCUGCUGGGAGAAGGCAGCGAGGUACUUCGAGGUUGAGGAGAAGUACGUGUUCUGCACACCGGAGAGAUAUAUCAUUGAUCCCGUGGAGACCGUCGAGCUUGUUGACGAGAACACGAUUGGUAUCUGCGUUAUUCUGGGCACCACCUAUACUGGAGAGUAUGAGGAUGCCAAGGCAGUCAAUGACCUGUUGAUCAAGAAGAAUAUUGAUACAGUUAUCCAUAUCGAUGCUGCAUCUGGAGGAUUCGUGGCUCCAUUCGUGGUUCCUGACUUGGAGUGGGAUUUCAGACUUGAGAAGGUGGUCUCAAUCAACACCUCCGGCCACAAGUACGGCCUCGUCUACCCAGGUGUAGGCUGGAUCGUCUGGCGCGCCCCCGAAUACCUCCCCAAAGAACUUGUCUUCAACAUCAACUACUUGGGCGCCGACCAAGCCUCCUUCACCCUCAACUUUUCCAAAGGCGCUUCCCAAGUCAUCGGCCAAUACUACCAAUUGAUCCGCCUCGGAAAGCACGGUUACCGCGCCAUCAUGACGAACCUGACCCGCACCGCGGACUACCUCUCCGACUCCCUCGAGCAGCUCGGCUUCAUCAUCAUGUCCAAGAAGGCCGGCGAAGGUCUGCCCCUCGUAGCCUUCCGCUUCGACCCCAAGUCUGAGAAGCACUACGACGAGUUCGCGCUCGCUCAUCAGCUCCGCGGCCGCUCAUGGGUUGUGCCCGCCUACACGAUGGCUCCUCACACCAAGGACCUCAAGAUGCUGAGAGUUGUGGUGCGCGAGGAUUUCAGCAAGUCAAGAUGCGACCAGUUGCUGUGCGACAUCAAAUUGUGCGUGCAGGUCCUGGAUGAAAUGGACAAGGAGAGCAUCAAGAAGAACCAGGAGUAUAUCCAUGCGCACUCUACGCACUCUGGCAAGUCGAGACAUAAUCACCCGCAUUAUCGGAAGGAGGGCCAUAGUCUGCAGGGCAAGACGGGCAAGACGCAUGCUGUGUGCUAG